GUGRACGCUGUUAUCGUCCGUUGCCGUCAGUCAACGAAAUCGUUGCCAAGGUUUUGGUAUAGUUGUCAUGGUUUUAAUAUCGUUUCCAAGGAGACGAUUUCGUAGGCCAAUGGGUUGCUAUAGCUCCGUCGUUUGGCCUUUUUCGGUCCGGAAGAACAAACCAGAAAGACGCGAAAAAAAAACUGUCAGACUAGAUAUGGGUAGCGGUAUAGGGAAACUGCCAGUCUACCAAGAAAAAUUGAAUACAAAUUCUCGUCGAAUGGAAGAAAGAAUAGAAAGACUUGAAACAGAUAUACAGAAGAUAAGAGAAGAACUGUUCGACCGCGCUGAGAAGAACUGUUUUGAGUCGCCGGUUUUGAACAGAAGGCCUUCGUGCUCAGCUAAUUGUGCAAGAACUAACCAAAGACUACGACGUUUGUCAACGAUGAGCAUAGGGGAAACAAGUGGAGCUCUUGUCAAAAGACGAGGUUCAACUGUAGUUUUCUCUGAAAAACUCCUCAGGGCUGAGUUGGAAAGAUUACGAAUGGAGAACAAUGGAUUGGYGAACCAGUUGGCACAAAUUAAAGGACUGAAUAAUGUUAACUAAAGGCCACUCGGCCUGGUACUUUAUCAAACCUUGAUCUGUAUUYUUAUUUACACUAAAUUGAAAAAACCUCGGUCAGGCUAAAGAUAGCGACAUUUGUUACCGGCUACUUAACGUGUGAAUCAUGCACAUUGCAACAUUACACGCGGAAAGAAGCAAUUUUGAUACGUAUAAUACAGUGUGGGCAAUGCUCAAUCAAACUCAACCAUUUGCACAGUCUAAUCAUAUGACUUYCCAAGCUUCCUUUCGGUCUUAGCAUUAAUGAUGUGACCAUUUAGGAACCAAAGUUUUUUUCAAUUUGGUGUAUGUUGAUGUAUUGUUUUAAGUCCUUUUUUCAAACUGCAUGUAAAUUAUGAGCUUUAUUACCACUGCGCAUUUUCUUAUAGUGAAUAUGAUCAGUUUYGGUUAGAUUAAUGAACAGGGAGGAAAUAGGAACAGGGUGGAUUCAGUGGAAGGGGAUCUAAAGCCUACGGCAUGUGGACGCUAUUUUUGGGGACUUGCCUCAUUGUCCACAGAGAGUCGUACGGUACGACUCUCUGUGGACAAUGGUUUUUUUAGCCGAAGAAAAAG